CCCAGUUCCAACUGUUGUGCUGCGCAGGAUUUGGUCUGAGUCUGGGCAGAGCCCCUCUUUGUGAGCAGCCCUCCAGCUUCUGCUACAGGAAGAGUCUGAUGAGAGCUGUUCUCGCCUUCCCGUCCUCGCACACAAAGGCAAGAAGCUCUUUAAAGGGACCUUCCUGCUCCUCCGUGCAGCUGCAAACCCGUCUCGCUGCAGACUCAGCCCUCCAGGCUUUCGCCUCAAAAUGAGUGGGGAGGGGUCUUGAGGAGCCCCCACGACCUCCCGGAGUGGGGCGGGGAGGGAGCCGACCGCUGGAGUGGAUGGCGACCGCAGGUCUCCGGGGAGCGGCUUGCAGUUAGCUGCUGCUUGGGAUGCUCCGCGCGCCAGCAGAGCAUCCUGCCUGUGGUCCAGAGGGUGCUGGCGGCGCAUCUUGCGGUAUGCCUGCGUGGAUUUGAGCCAUCGCCCAGAGGCGAGCCCGCAUUCAGACAAGGCGGACGGGCUCCUGGCUGGGCUGCGUGCAGUCAGCACGAAUGCUCAGCUCCAGGCGUCUGCUCAAGCCUCCCGACUGCAUGGAUUUGACUGUUUAAUCAACCGAGAUUACUGCCGGGGAAGAUUUGCGAGCCUGAUCUGCGCUCCAGCUGCUGUGACAACUUCAGGGCUGGCUGUUUACUUCUCCCGGUGCCUGGGACUUUGUCCUGCACCGCAGCCGCUCCUGCCACUUUCCCGGUUCUGAAGUCGGCGGCCAGGACUCCUCUGCCGGCAUCCCCAGGGAAGGAGAGCAAGGAGGGGUUAAAAGACGAGCAGAAACCCCCCAGCUGCUCGACCUCUCGUGACUGCCUGUGUUCUGGGGUUCCGUGUGCUGCCCGGGGAAGCAAUGCAAGUCUCCAUAGCCUGCACAGAGCACAAUUUGAAGAGUCGGAACGGCGAGGACCGACUUCUGAGCAAGCAGAGCUCCGCCGCCCCCAAUGUGGUGAGCGCGGCCCGGGCCAAAUUCCGCACGGUUGCUAUCAUCGCGCGCAGCCUGGGGACCUUCACCCCUCAGCACCACAUCUCUCUCAAAGAGUCCACCGCAAAGCAGACUGGCAUGAAAUAUAGGAAUCUUGGAAAAUCAGGACUCAGAGUUUCUUGCUUGGGUCUUGGAACAUGGGUGACGUUUGGAGGUCAAAUUUCAGAUGAGGUUGCUGAACGGCUGAUGACAAUUGCCUACGAGAGCGGAGUGAAUCUCUUUGACACUGCCGAGGUCUAUGCUGCUGGCAAGGCUGAAGUGAUCCUGGGGAGCAUCAUCAAGAAGAAAGGCUGGAGGAGGUCCAGCCUGGUCAUAACAACCAAACUCUACUGGGGCGGAAAAGCUGAAACGGAAAGAGGGUUGUCAAGAAAACAUAUUAUUGAAGGAUUGAAGGGCUCCCUCCAGAGGCUGCAGCUCGAGUAUGUGGACGUAGUUUUUGCAAAUCGCCCAGACAGUAACACUCCCAUGGAAGAAAUUGUUCGAGCCAUGACACAUGUGAUAAACCAAGGAAUGGCCAUGUACUGGGGAACCUCCCGCUGGAGUGCUAUGGAGAUCAUGGAAGCCUACUCUGUAGCAAGACAAUUCAAUAUGAUCCCCCCGGUCUGUGAACAAGCUGAGUACCACCUAUUCCAGAGAGAGAAAGUGGAGGUUCAGCUACCAGAGCUCUACCAUAAAAUAGGAGUUGGAGCAAUGACAUGGUCUCCACUGGCCUGUGGAAUCAUCUCAGGAAAAUAUGGAAACGGGGUGCCUGAAAGUUCCAGGGCUUCGCUGAAGUGCUACCAGUGGUUGAAGGAAAGGAUUGUCAGUGAAGAAGGGAGAAAACAGCAGAACAAGCUGAAAGACCUUUCCCCGAUUGCGGAGCGUCUGGGAUGCACGCUGCCUCAGCUCGCCGUGGCCUGGUGCCUGAGAAACGAGGGCGUGAGCUCUGUGCUCCUGGGAUCAUCCACCCCCGAACAACUCAUCGAAAACCUUGGUGCCAUUCAGGUUCUCCCAAAGAUGACAUCACACGUGGUAAAUGAAAUCGAUAACAUAUUGCGCAACAAGCCCUACAGCAAAAAGGACUACAGAUCUUAAGGCGCUGCAUGAGCUGCAGGCGCUGCAUGGGUCGAACAGCAGUCCGCACCGGCACGGAGGGUGUCACUAGCCACCUUCUGAACCACUUCGCAGCCCGCUGCUCAACCUCUCAUGUCCCCGGAUUCUGAGGCGUCUGCUUUCGCUACCGCUGUGCACCUGAAUUAUGAACACAUCUGGAAACUCAAAACCAGGAAAAUCCAUUCUAUUUUCUUAUCUUGGACUAGAGUCACCUUUGCUUAGAUUAUUCUGUACACCUCAUGUUUAUGGAAUGGAGAGUAUAUGGUGGGGGAAAGACACAGUACCUUCAGGCAUUGAAUAACUUAAAGAAGGCUGUACAGAUCUAUUUUUUCAAAUGAACAAAAUCCACAGAUGCAAUGUGGAGUGCAUCAGAAAGAGCAGGCUACGUUCACGCAGAAGUCUUGCUUGGGAGAAUUGGCUGAAACAAUUUUACUUUUUUUUCUUCCUAUUUUCACAUUCAUGUUAGCAAGAGUUUUCACAUGUCAUUCACCAAAAGUGAAACUCCUAGGUAUUUGCUUUUGUUACCUUUUAGAUAUUCAGUGUUGCUUGGCCUCAAAAACGGCCCUGUAAAGCAGUUUAUCCCAGAUGUCUACUAGGAUUCUAAUAACGUUAUGUCCAUUUACACAGAGAGGUGGUGAAAGGAUGAACAGCCCAAUUUUUAUCUAGAAAGACUAUGGUGAAUCUAUGAAAGGAAGAAUCACACUGCUAUGGAAGCUUAGCUUUGAAUGCAAUGUAUCUGCAAUGAAGUGUUCAGUUUUUUUCUAUAUUUUAUUAAAACCUGCUUUAUACUUUUGACUGCUUGUAGGCACAGCUUCUGCAAGUGUAAAUGUUUGAGCUUUAAAAAAUAAAUAUACACAUGCUCAGUUUUGUAAGUAAACCUGAAAAUAUCCAGAAAGGUAAAUGUUUGCUGUUUAAUUAGCACCGGGAUUUCACAGUAUAAUGCUUGGUGUUUUUGAGGAGUUAACAUGAAAGUGAAUCACAGGCUUUGUGAAAAACAUUGUCACUACCCAGCAUGUGCUGGGUGAAGUAACCAGCCCAAAGAAAAGCAUAUGUUAAAGAACUUCCUGAUUCUAUAAUCACAUUAUGCGCGUUAAAAACUAUAUGCAUGAAAGCUCUUUGCAUGGAUUAAAGGGACCUGGCCUUGUGGCUCUCAGAAGCUGAGGCCUAUCUAGCCCUCCCACUCUUGCUUACCUACCCUCAUGAAUAUUCCACUUGAGAAAACCUGAGAGUAUACCAUAUAUACCUGUAAGAAGGGAGAAAAUAUUUUUCUUUUCCAUUUUUAAGGUGUAUGUUGAAGGGGGAGGGCCCUAUAACUCUAUUCGGACACCUGAGCAUGUACAAAAUUCUAACUUAAUUUUCUGGCCCCCAUGCAGAAAUCACUUUGGGACUUACAGAAGAAAUAUACUAUCAACUUAAAAUGCUAUUUUCUACCAUCAUUUCCAGACAUGUAUUUUAUGGUUAAGUUCUAAAUCUUAAAAUGUUAGUGUGAAGUACCAACAAAUUUUCUUUUUGAUUACUAUUACCUGUAUUCUAAUAGGGAAAUAGUUCGGGAUUUUUUUUUUUUUGUCCAAGAGGGUAAGAUUAAUGAUGGAAAUGGAUCCCUUUUCAGUUGUUCAUUGCAUAGUCAGUCAAUCCAGUGAACUACUGUAUGCAUAAAUGAGCUUAAGUUGUCUAUUUGAAACUGCAACUUAUUUAUUUGCUUAGAGUAAUAAAAGCAUUUGUGCAUUU